AUUCAUUUGCUAGGAUCAAUUGACAUGAUCGAGUCUGCACGCGUACAAAUACUCGUGUUAUUAGAUCAAUUGUCUGGAUUGCUGGUAGAAACCCUGGAUACUAUACCAUACUAUCUACAUAAUCUCGUUUCUGGGCGUAAACACGUUCAAUUACAAUCGAUUAUGGAAGAAACUGCAACAAAUAUUUAUUUGCAAUCUCCCUUUAACAAUACCUGUAAAAUCAUUGACAAUGAAAAAAAAUCACCUACUAUCUAUCUUACGGGUGAAUCCAUGACUAAUUUAAACAGAGCAAAAGAGCUCUUAUGCAAACUAGCCUCUCAAAAGUCUAAAUCUAUGUAUCACAAAGAUUCCAUAAUGGACGCAAGAAAAAUUGACUGGAUUCUGUUAAAUAAGAAGACAGACCUUCGAAAAAUCAUGAGAGAUAAUGGUUCCUUUUUUUUAUUUCCAUCUUUAGGUUCUGGCAGUAAUUCUGUUUCCAUCUAUGCGGAGAAUAGAAUCAACGUUGAACGUUCAAUUCGACUAUUGAAUUAUUUGACCUCAAGUAUAUACGAAGCGACAUUUGAUUUUAUUAACGUGGACUCUCUGGAUUCAUUUAUUCAUCGCACAUUUGGUGGCUCAAUCGAAAAAUUUGCGGAUAUUCUUUGUCAGUUAUCUCAAUCUUCUGGUGCAGAUGUUCUAUUUAAAUCUGACUCUAAUAAGCUGGAAUUGUUUGGUACAGAAAGACAGGUUCGAAAUGCAUAUCAACUGUUAAGUGGUAUGCCUUUUUUUAAGGAAAAUCAUCAAUUUACAACAUUUGCAUUGGAACUAGCUACGGAUCAGCGUGAAUUCAUAAGUGGAAAAAAGAAUGGUAAAAUUAACAAGAUUAUGAAAUCGUGCGCUGUUACCAUCCGAUUCUUAAGUGCAAAUGAGUAUAAUUCGGCGAUCAUUGUUGAAAGUAAUAAUUAUAACAAGGCAUUGGAUGGUCUCACCAUGUUACAAGAUGAAUUACCUGCGGAAACCUCAUUUUAUGUUCCCGAGAUUUAUCAUCGUCGCAUCAUUGGUGUAGCUGGAAAAAAUAUACAGAAGGUCAUGAAGAAAUACGGUGUAUACGUCAAAUUUUCGGGUGCAGAAGAGUUCACCUCCAUGGGUGGAUACUUUGAAAAUGAAGAUAACGUAGUGGCACGCACUCCAAUGAAGAACCAGAUCAAUCUUGAAAAUCUCAAACAUUCUGUAACUGAGUUUAUCAGCUUUCAAAAAGACAAAGAAUAUAGUUUUACAACCAUGUGUAUUCCAUAUGUUUUACACAGGUCUAUUCCAAACCAAUAUGGUGCCCAAUUGCGUGAGGUAUGUCGUACAAACAAUGCAAAAAUUUGGUGGCCCGAGCGGCUAGGCUCAAAUCAAGUAGUAAUAUAUGGUCCACAAUCACAAAUUUCGACUGUUGUAAUGUUUAUUAAACAAUUUGUG